AUGCCAUUACCUGGAACUCCGUCCCCAUUCCGCCUACCCCGCCGCCAGUCCACGCGUCGCGCCGGACCUCAGUUCGCGAACUCGCCUCGAUUCCUGUUGUCGCAAUCGACUCCACGAACAAGCAAUCAAAUCGAUAUAGUCGAUGACGAUGAACCCCUGUCGACAGCCCCGGCAGCUUACACACCACAGCGCUCUGUCGCGCCACGGAGGCCGAGAGACGUGAUCGAAGAUUCGGACGAUAUCGAGUUUUCGAGGCAUCGAGACCUGGGACAGGGCGAUACAAACGCAAUAGAGGAUAAUCCAAUCAGUAGCACUCCACCAUUCGAGCCCGAUACCCCCGGCCCCUGGAUGCAGAUCGCAGAUGAACAGGGCACAAGAGACCAGCCGUUACUCUCAGCGCGGGAACAAGCCUCGUCGUCUCCAGAUCCUCGCCGCCAAACCCAUGAAGCCCUCGAUUUCUCUGCACCAAACCGCCUGCCAAGGACUACAUCCACAGAGCCCGACGUGCACGCAACACCGCGUUUAUCAGCGAAGCCUUCGACUCCCGGGUUCGUCACGCCAGGGAACACCAAAACGCCCUUCCGCAGCAAGCCCAAGUUUAUGCUGUCCAGCAAGAAGCCACUGAGUAGCCAACCAGUUUACAAACUCGAGACACCCACCGCAACGCGACAAACCUCGCCGCCGGAACGGCGCAAACCGAAUUUUGUCCUCCCCAAAUCACCGUCCCCCAAGAAAGCAAUUGAUGAUAUUCCAGCGCCCUUCUCUCCUUCUUCGCGGGCCCUCCACCGCCGCGGGCGGGCCCGUGCCGGCGUGUCUGCGUAUGCCCCGGGAGGAAUGGCUGCGGAGGUGCGCAGCUGGAUUCUUGAAACAGGGUCGAAGCGCGAAAACGCUCUGCCUCACCGCGUAUCCACUAUUGAUACGGACAAUUUUGCAACUGUGAUCAGCCAGUAUCUGGUUGCUGCACGAGUGCUCCAUGCUCGACACGGGUUCCUGAGUAGCUCCGGGCCACUUGUAUUUCUAGAAGCGGAAAAGGUGUCGGUUACAUCCAAUGACGGGGACGCUGAGAUCCUCAGGCUUAUGGUCAUGGGCCCUCCUCGGUCGACGCCCUAUUUAGUAGCAGCGGAAAACCCUAACUAUGUUCAACCCGGAGACUUGGUAGGUGUUCAUCGAGGGUUGGCGUGGGAUGUGGAUUUUCAGGCCUCCGGGUCUCGGAGGCCCCAAGACCCAGAGCAGUCCGAAGGGGAGAAAUGGCUUGUGGCAAUGGAUUGGGAUAUUAUACGUGAGCCGGACAGUUGA